ACCACACACCAUCAACGAGCAGCAAGGACACUCAUCGAGACAACGAAAUGACGAGCACAGAAACUCCCGAAAGGGCCUCGUCGCCGAAGAGUCCUACUCAGAUACCAGAGCAACCAGCAGAAACGGAGACGCACAAGCCAGUCGCGUCUGCUGAUUCACCAGUAUCAAUCUCCUCGCCUGCGCCUGGUUAUACUCAUGCUGAGGAGCCGACCAAUGUGUCACCAAGCGCAGAAGCUGAUCAUGCGACCAGUACUUUGAAUGAACAACCUGUGCCAGACACUCCUGCUCGACCUCAAGGACCAGAGCAGCCAACUGAGCGCAUAUCACCAGAGGCCGAGAGUCUGAAAGCCAUGUUUCCUGAUUUCGACACUGGCAUCAUCCAAUCUGUGUUGGAGUCUGUAGAUGGCAAUCAAGAACGAGCUGCCGAUGUCCUGCUUGGCAUGAGCGAUCCAAGCUAUGUUUCCCAGCAUCACAGUGCACCAACGCAGAGCGAGUUGGAUGAACAGUUUGCUCGCCGAUUAUUGCUAGAGGAGCAGCAACAGCAAGCGGCUUGGCAUCCAGAUCAGCCGUAUCCACACAGUCAAGAUCAAAGACGUGACCAGAACGUCCCUUAUCAGCCGCGUGCGCAACAAGGAUAUUAUCCUGGUGGUGUGGACAGAUGGGGUGACUCCCAAGCACCUGGAGACGGAGGCGGAGGUAAGGAUACAAUGUCAGAGGUACAGGAACAAUUCAGCAAAUUUGCGGAGACCGGGAAAAAGACAUUCUCGUCGCUGGUGUCAAAAGUCAAAGCGAAGAUGCAAGAGUUUGACCAGUCAAGGAAUGCUUCUGGGUCUGGAUCAGCGCCUCAAACAUCCUGGGGAACUGGAACUCCUUCUAGAACAGAAGGAGUGCCUCCAAGUCAAACUCAGAAUAACCAAUACUCGACUAUGCCAGCUGGUCAACCCACCGGUCCCCCUUCAGUUGACACAUACAAUGUGGGAUAUGAUGUUACUCCUCAGGCUCAGGCUAGCCCCGUUGGAGGAGGUCAGAUACUACCGUCAGUUACAUCGAGUUCCACAACUUCCGUACCACCUGCAGAACGAAUUCCUGCGCGUCCACCGUCUGCUGGACCUCCACCAGCCGGCAAUGUCGAUCCAAGCAAAAUUGGGAUGUUACCUAAACGCCCUGUUUCGCUGCUCGGAACUUCGCCUCCACAAUCGAACACGAACGUUCGUCAUGAUGCAGACGAAGAUGAGCUUGAUUACGUCGAGAAUCCGUUUGAAGAGGGGCGAAAGUAGGAUAUGAGCGCUUUUUUAUAUGGGCGCUUAUGUAUGGCGCAAUGAUAUGUACGGACUUCACUUAUUAUGGCUAGGGUAUGUAAACGAUUUGUCUAUUAAUCUAUAUAUUGGCUAGUAGAAUGCG